AUGAACAGAGCUGUGAUGGACAUCGGGGAUGAUGAGGGCGAUCUCGGCUCUUCUUUGGUGCUGAAGAAUUUCCACACAGGACAGGCGGAACCUUCGCGCGGCCAGGGCGGGCGCGCGGCGGAAGGCUUUGCGGCGGCGCCGCGGCCGGCUAACGUGGAGUCGCGGCUGGAGGUGGCGCGGCGUCCGCCUGGGCUCCGGCGCCGGCUCCCGCCCAGGUGCGCGCGCAGUCGGCCCGCGGCGGCCCGGGCCGGGGUGAGGAGCACGCGGCGGGCGAGAGACCCCGGAGAGGCCGGCGGCCGCGGAGGCGAGGACGAGCGUCCUGGCAGCGCCGCAGAGCCCCCUCCGGCCCCCGGCCCCAGAGCCCCCUGGGGACCCCGGCCCCAGAGCCCCCUCCGGCCCCCGGCCCCAGAGCCCCCUGGGGACCCCGGCCCCAGAACCUCCUCCUCACCCCUGCCCCAGAGCCCCCUGGGGACCCCGGCCCCAGAACCUCCUCCUCACCCCGGCCCCAGAGCCCCCUCGGGACCCCGGCCCCAGAGCCCCCUCGGGACCCCGACCCCAGAGCCCCCUCCGGCCCCCGCCCCAGAGCCCCCUGGGGACCCCGGCCCCAGAGCCCCCUCCGGCCCCCGGCCCCAGAGCCCCCUGGGGACCCCGGCCCCAGAACCUCCUCCUCACCCCUGCCCCAGAGCCCCCUGGGGACCCCGGCCCCAGAACCUCCUCCUCACCCCGGCCCCAGAGCCCCCUCGGGACCCCGGCCCCGGAGACCAUCGGGACCCCGGCCCCAGAGCCCCCUGGGGACCCCGGCCCCAGAGCCUCCUCCUCACCCCGGCCCCAGAGCCCCCUCCUCACCCCGGCCCCAGAACCUCCUCCUCACCCCGGCCCCAGAGCCCCCUGGGGACCCCGGCCCCGGAGACCAUCGGGACCCCGGCCCCAGAGCCCCCUCCUCACCCCGGCCCCAGAGCCCCCUCCGGCCCCCGGCAUCAGAGCCCCCUCCGGCCCCCGGCCCCAGAGCCCCCUCCUCACCCCGGCCCCAGAGCCCCCUCCGGCCCCCGGCAUCAGAGCCCCCUCCUCACCCCGGCCCUGGAGCCUCCUCACCCCGGCCCCAGAGCCCCCUCCGGCCCCCGGCAUCAGAGCCCCCUCCUCACCCCGGCCCUGGAGCCUCCUCACCCCGGCCCCAGAGCCCCCUCCGGCCCCCGGCAUCAGAGCCCCCUCCUCACCCCGGCCCUGGAGCCUCCUCACCCCGGCCCCAGAGCCCCCUCCGGCCCCCGGCAUCAGAGCCCCCUCCUCACCCCGGCCCUGGAGCCUCCUCACCCCGGCCCCGGAGCCCCCUCCGGACCCCGGCCCCAGAGCCCUCUGGGGACCCCGGCCCCAGAGCCCCCUCACCCCCGGCCCCGGAGCCCCUCCGGACCCCGGCUCCGGAGCCCCCUCCUCACCCCGGCCCCGGAGCCCCUCCUCACCCCGGCCCCGGAGCCCCCUCCUCACCCCGGCCCCGGAGCCCCUCCUCACCCCGGCCCCCCGGCCCCUCAGCGUUCCCCCGGAGCCGCAGCCCCGAGACCCCCUCAGGCCCGCUCGCCCUCCGGGGUCCCCGAGCGCCCGUGGGCCCUGUCAGCCCCGCGGACCCUCCGGCAGCCCCCGAGCCCCGGCCCGGUGGCGCCCCUCCCGGGUGGGCCCCUGCCCCGAGCCAGGCUGGACGUCCCCGCGCUCCGGGGCACCGCGGAGGGCCGGGGCCUGGGGGUGCUUCGCAGCCAUGUAAAAGGAGGAGCAGCGUGCGACAGGUGGCCCAACGGCCGCUUGCUGACCGGGCGGCCGCCUGUGCGUUUGCGUGGACCGCGGCGUUGGGGCCGGAGCGGCCUCGACCCCGGUACGGGCGGCCGGGGGCUGGUGUUGUCGCCCGUCUUCACGGAGCUGACACUGUCUUGA